GUUGUGUUUGAUAAAGAAAGCCAUCAAAGAAGGUAUCCCCGAUCUAGUAUAGUUUUUAAUCUGAAUGAUCGCAAAACCCCUCUUUAUCAUUGAGUAUUGAAUUUCCUUAUUUUCCUUGUUCCCAUCCGUCUACUUAUGUGCCUUUCUCUUGAUCAAACCAGAUCCGAGAAAUGUAUCAAAUCAUCUAAUCCUCGCGCGAGUUGUUCUAAAUUCGCUUUACUGCAGUUAUCUAGCUUUAAACUCAAUCUCGACGUCAAGGCCCAAAUAUAUCCAGACACAAUGCCACCGGUAUUUAUAAACGAUUUGAAGGUAUAUAAGCCAUUCGAGGGGAAUACACAAGAAGAGUGGGAUGCCCAUGUGAUCAACAAGCAAGAUUUUUCGUUGUGUAACAACUGCGGAUGGAGCUCGUAUUGCAAUGAACAUAAUAGUUACUUCAGUCAUGUCAAGUGCAAUGCCAAUGCCAGAACCGGCACUUGGAGCAUUGGCGAGAACUAUAUUUUAAAAGAAAAGCCUGUUUCGGGAGGUGUGAGCCGUAGUUAUAUGGGACCUGAUGCUUCAAUUUCUAGAUUUCUGUGCGAGAAUUCUACUAUACCUGUAGCAAAAGACAUGAGAUACUGGAAGGACAGUAAGAGUCAUUUUUUUAUGAUGGAGAAAAUUCCGGGCGAAACAUUAUGGACAGCUGGGUUCCACAUGAGUUCUGAAGAGCGACAAGUUAUUGCCAAAGAAGUCGUCCAAUAUCUUGUACAAUUGCGCAAGUUUACAUCGACAAAACCGGAAGCCCCCGAUGGUUCACCAAUAAGAGAUAUACAACUAGGCCCUAACGAGAGAGUACAUUACGUGACGGAAGAUGCUGAAGAAUGGUGGGCUCGUACGGAACAUCGAUUCAAUCCGAAGUUGGAGAGAUAUCGCAUGAACUACAAAGAGGAAUAUCCUGUGAGAGGACCAUACGUGCUUACACAUGGUGAUCUUCAUGCAACUAAUAUCAUCGUAAAGGAUGGACAUGUCACCGGUAUCAUCGAUUGGGAAUUUGGAGGAUAUCUUCCGGAAUGGUGGGAGCCUAUAGCAACUCGGUCGGUCCGGCCGCCCCCAUGGGCCUAUAACUUGAGGGAGGAAUGGAAAAAGCAAAUUGGUCCAUGGCCGGAGAAAGAAGAAAAUUUUGCGAGAUCCUAUCAGAAUUGUUUCAACGAUUAUAAAUCACAGAAAUUCGGGGUAGAGGAGUACUUUGAUCCAGAUAGUUUAAAGGUAUGCACCAAUUAUCGCCGCUAUAUAGAGGAAACAAGAUGGGGAUUCAAAGAAACUGUUCGUCAACGUGAGAUGCGUAAGAAAAAGGCGGCUGGAGAGGAAGCUGCGGCUUUCGCAGCUCUCAAAGAACUAAGUUUAGAGGAACAGGAAAAUCCAAAGACUGAAGACGAUAUAUGAAAAGUUGGGGUUUCGAUUGGAUAAUGUCAAAUUA